AUGCCGACGUACAACAUCAGAGGCAUCAAUGUGGAUUUCCCAUUCGAAGCCUACGAUUGCCAGCUCGUUUACAUGGAGAAAGUCAUCCAAUCUCUCCAAGAAAGAAGUAAUGCACUGCUGGAGAGUCCCACUGGGACUGGAAAAACCCUUUGUCUUCUCUGUGCCACAUUGGCCUGGAGGAAGAGUUUGGGUGUUUUCUCAACCGGUCCUAAUGUCAAGAUGAGUCAGAUCACAGGAGAAAAAUCAGGUGUUCCGUUGUCACAGUCCGCGACAAAAGAUCUUCCUACCAUAAUAUAUGCAUCCCGCACUCACAGCCAGAUCCGGCAAGUAAUUAAAGAGUUGAAAAGAAGCUCUUACAGGCCGAAAAUGGUAGUGUUGGGGUCUCGAGAACAAUUAUGCAUUAAUGAGGAAGUAAGUUUACUACGCGGAAGAACACAGACAAAGGCUUGCCAUUUCCUCUGCCGGCGCACUAAGGAAAUAAAGGAUAAAAAGCGUCAUUGUGCUCAUUAUUCUCGUGGUUCUGGUUACUUAAAGAAUAAUCCUCAUCUUGGAGAUGAACCUAUUGAUAUCGAGGAUUUGGUGAAUACUGGAAGAAAAUUAGGGCCGUGUCCUUAUUAUUUAUCGAGGGAACUCCAUAAGGUUGUUGAUAUAUUAUUUGCACCUUAUAACUAUCUUAUUGAUCAUGGGUAUAGAAAAUCGCUACAGAUAGAUUGGAAAAACAGUAUUCUCAUAUUCGACGAAGCUCACAACCUGGAAAGCAUAUGUGCAGAUGCAGCUUCCUUUGACUUGCCUUCUUGGCUUCUUACAGCUUGUACUUCUGAAGCGAAAAAUUGUAUUGACCUUUCUAUUAAAAGAAGGGAAGAAUCAACCGAUAAAUCACAGAAUCCAGAUGACUUUGCAAUUCUCAGAGCGCUUCUUUUGAAGCUUGAGAAGCGUAUUUCUGAAGUGCCUAUCGAAUCCAAGGAAUUGGGAUACACUAAGCCUGGGCCUUAUAUCUAUGAACUCCUGGCUGAAUUAAACAUCACACAGGAUACUGUCCCUAAGCUCAUUAAAAUACUUGAGGAUGCUACUGUACUUAUGGAGGAAGAAAAUCAGAACAAGGCAAAUCGAAGUGUCUGCCGGCUGGAAAGCAUUAGUGACAUGUUUAAUUUAAUUUUCAGAGAUACAGACAAUAACCAUGCAAAAUCCUAUCGUGUUCAUGUACAAGAAGUUGAAGCAGCUGCAAUUGAUGGUUUAAAGGGUAAGGCAUCUAGGACACUCAGCUGGUGGUGUUUUCAUCCUGGAAUUGCAAUGGAAGAAUUCGCCAAGAUGAAUGUGGGCUCUAUUAUACUGACAUCUGGCACAUUAUCUCCCUUGGAUUCAUUUGCACAGGAACUGAAACUAGAGUUCCCUGUGCGGUUGGAAAACCCUCAUGUUAUUACCCCGAAUCAGAUAUGGGCUGGAGUUGUACCAGCUGGACCUUCUGGUUUCUCUUUCAACUCCUCUUAUAGAAAUCGCGAUUCUCUGGAGUACAAACGGGACCUUGGAAAUGCCAUUGUCAAUUUUGCUCGAAUCGUUCCCGAUGGAUUGCUUGUAUUCUUUCCGUCUUACUACAUUUUGGACCAAUGCAUUGCCUGCUGGAAGAAUACGAGCCAUGCCAAUUCAACUACAAUAUGGGAAAGAAUCUCCAAACAUAAGAAACCUGUUGUAGAACCUAGACAAUCUUCAUUGUUUCUUUUGUCAAUUGAGGACUAUAUGGCUAAGCUGAAGGACACCUCAGCUUCUGGUGCAGUAUUUUUUGCUGUUUGCCGUGGUAAGGUAAGUGAAGGACUAGAUUUUGCUGAUCACGCUGGAAGGGCUGUAGUCAUUACUGGUCUACCAUUUGCCACAAGGAAUGAUCCUAAGGUUCGUCUGAAACGUGAAUACUUGGAUCAGCAGGCAUAUUCCCAGAGGCAAGUAUGUAAGUUGGAGGUUUUGACUGGAGAAGACUGGUACAAUCAACAAGCAUUACGAGCUGUAAAUCAGGCUGUUGGACGUGUAAUCCGUCAUCGUCAUGAUUAUGGAGCAAUUAUUUUUUGUGAUGAAAGGUUUGCACAACCAAAUCGUCAAUCUCAAAUAUCGCUCUGGAUACAACCUCAUAUAAAGUGUCACUCCAAAUUUGGGGAUGUAAUUUUUUCGUUGACCCGUUUCUUUCGGGAUGGAGGAGCUCGGGAUCCUACAAAGCUGAAGUUGUUACAAACUGAAAAAUGGGAUGCAAUUUCUACAUCAAAUUCAGUACUUGAUGAGCAGACAAAUGAAGCCCCAUUCGAUCAUAAACCAUAUUCUGUAGGUUCAUCAACCUCAGUUCAUGGAACAUCAGGGAAAAUAUAUGAGUUGAAAACUGAGCAACCUCCAGAAAAACUUUAUCUGGAUAAAUUUCUCCCUCUGACAACAGCAGUCAGUCAAGACAGCCCUGUGAAGUCAUCUUCUUCCCUACUUAAAGCUGGCAGGGACAAACUUUCAAGCCUGUUAGGGGAAGUUCUUCCUGCCAAUCGCUCAUCUCUUACUUCCUGUAAGGAUCAGCCUGUGUCAUUGAAGUGUUCAAAUAAUCUAUUCCGAAAUGAGAAAAAGCUGCUUAUUUGUGAGAGGGAAACUCUGCAAUGUCAAGAUAGUAAAGUAUUUGGUUUUCCUGGCAAAAAUGAGAAACAAGGCGAAGAACUAAUAACACCUUGCUCUGCAAAAAGGUGUAAAUUAAGCACAGAGCGUGACUCAGUACAUCUUAUUGACAACUCUAAUAAGCAUUCAUCUCUUGCAAAAGAUUCUGAUUCAUAUGGUGGUUUUCCCAAUAUUAAGCUGAGAAGUGAGAGUUCACAUAUAUCUGACAGUUCAAGUUCACAAAAUGCCCAAGUUGGUUCAGCAUUGCUGCGUAAAGACAAGAGGAUCAUACAACAGGGAGAUGCUGAGUUUCUGAGUAACAAAAACAAAAGUGCAAUAUCCAUCCCUGUGCUUUCUGGUGAUAAGGAAACCAGAGGAUCUGAGUUCCUAGUUCAGGUUGAAGAAAAACUUAGCACUUUGGAAUAUAGAGAAUUUGUAAAUUUGAUGAAGGCACUUAAGUCCAAAGCUAUGAAGAUGAAUGAAGUUUUACAAUCCAUUGCAAGCCUGUUUUCCGGACGAGAGAGGCUUCCUCUUCUUAAAAGAUUUAAGGAUUUUAUCCCAGUAAAGUAUCACUCUAUGUAUGAGCACUAUUUUCAAACAAAUGACGGGCUCUAGAUAUCCAAGGAAAAUAAAACUCUUAAGAGGGUUUUUGUGUGUCUGGCUCCAUAAAACUUCAUGAAUUUUCCUAGAGCAGUUGGGGACGUGUAAAUACUUGUAUCAUUGUGGUUUACAUGAUAGAAAAUGACAGUUCAGUCGAUGAAGAAAGACAGAUCGUCAAGUUCAGGGCCUUAGUAUCUUUCCUGAAAUAUACAAUUUAUUAGUCACACCUUACUUUCUGAUUGGUAGUUUUUGCUGGGCUUACCUGAAUGUUAAAGCAGAUAAUUGUUGCCUCUUGCCAUUCAUAUGGAUAUAAGAGAAGAACCUGCUUUUUAAGGUCAAGCUACUCUGGAUUAUCUCAAUGCUACCGGGGUUUAAGAAACUGCUCUAUUUUAUGUGAGGUCUCUUGGGCGUAGGAGACUUCGAAAGGAUGCUCUGGAUCAUGAAGCUACAGUUUGUUUUGUGGUUGAAUAUAAAGCUACAGCUCUAAUUGUACAUGGAGAAUUAGUUGCAAAGGCAGCUUUCACUUUGCUUAUUGGCUUCUGCAGCCUUUCAUGAUGAAGUGAGUUCAAUUCAAUAUACAAGUGGCAAACUGCCACAGUGACCUGGGCGUUGCAAGUAUGGCGGUGCCCGGGGACGGUCAAACAUUCAUUAUUCUAUUUCUGUUGCAAUGUUGUUGUAGCUGCUGCUGCCACAGUGACCUUGUUUAUGUUGCCUUUAGAAAAGUUGGUUUUGGUUUUCAAGAUCUAUUUGAAAUUUUGGCUAUAUAAAAAUUCAUUCUUGC